AGCGCAGCCUCGCCGUAGAAUUUCGUCGUAUCUUCUCGGUUUCGAGUUACUUUGCGUCGGACCCUCGACCGCCCCGUCCGCAAUCUCCGUCGCCUCCGCAACCCGCAAAGCCAACCCUCAGCCCUACAGGAUGCCAGGCAGGACCCUUCCCACGAUCACCCAGGCCGAAGUCAAGGCUCACGACAACGCCAAAUCGUGCUAUGUCACAAUCGGUACCAAGGUCUACGAUGUCACGGAGUUCGUCGAGGACCACCCCGGUGGAGGCGAUCUGAUUCUCGAAUAUGGCGGUAAAGAUGUUACGGAGAUUCUGGCCGACGAGGCUUCGCACACACAUUCGGACUCUGCCUAUGAGAUCCUCGACGAGCAUCUGGUAGGUUUCAUGCCUACCGAGCCCGUCCUGGACGCUGCGACCAAGAGCCAGCACCCGGACAAUAUUGUGCCGCUGCCGCCGAACAAGGCUGGUCUCGCAGAGCUCAACGGCGACGGCCAGCACGUGUUUGCUGCCACUGGCCUGGCUACUGCCGAAGACUUGUCCAAGGAAACCGAUUUGGCCACCGAUUUCAAGACCCACAAGUUUUUGGAUCUCAACCGGCCGCUGCUCCCCCAGGUGUGGUGUGGAGGCUUCUCCAAGGCCUUCUACCUGGAGCAGGUCCACCGCCCUAGGCACUACAAAGGUGGCCAAUCUGCACCCUUGUUUGGCAACUUCCUGGAGCCGCUGAGCAAGACGGCUUGGUAUGUGGUUCCUAUCGUCUGGCUGCCUCCGGUUGCCUACGGUACAUUCAUUGCGAGCCAGCAAAUGUCCUUUUUGACCCUUUCCCUGUACUGGGUUUUGGGUCUCAGCAUCUGGACGCUGGUCGAGUAUCUCAUGCACCGCUUUCUCUUCCACCUCGAUGAGUACCUGCCAGAUAACCGCGUCGGUAUUACCCUGCACUUCUUGCUCCACGGCAUCCAUCAUUACUUGCCAAUGGACAAGUACCGCCUCGUUAUGCCACCGACGCUCUUCAUGGUCCUUGCCUUCCCCUUCUGGAAGCUGGCGCAUACCGUCUUCUUCUACGACUGGCACGUCGCUACGGCCGUCUACUGCGGCGGUAUCUUUGGAUACAUUUGCUACGAUUUGACGCACUAUUUCCUCCACCAUCGCAACCUUCCCGCCUACUACCGCGAGCUUAAGAAGUAUCACCUGGAGCACCACUUUGCCGACUACCAAAACGGCUUUGGUGUCACGAGCAAGUUCUGGGACCGUGUCUUCAACACGGAGCUCAACCUUCCCCCGCCCAAGGUGGUCAAGACUUCUUAGUUGCGCGUGUAGAUGACUGUACACUACUUGUAAUGAUGGAAGGAAAGGACGGAGGCGUUGAGAGGCGUGCCUGGU